AUGAUGCCUAAGAAACAGAGGUGGGGUAGUCUGUCAAAAAUGUUUGUACCACCAGGUUCAGCCCCUAAUUUGUGGUAUAGGGAAAAAGGGUUCAUUCUGGAUUGUAUUGCAGUGGACAGCCUAUCAAAAGGGUCCCCAAAUUUCUUGUCAAACCUGAAGAGUGUCAUUCCCCCUUACAAUGCUCAGAAGGACCCCCACUUGGUUGCCUAUUUUGCAACCAAGGCUUCACCUCGAUUUCCUCAGGAAAGAGAUCCAUGGAAAGGAACUUUACCUGGUGUGCAGGAGGAGGAACAGGAAGAGGAAGAGGAGAAGAAAGAUAAAAUGGGAACUAUGGCCCAAUACUUGGUGAGGAGAAACAGAGCAGGGGCAGGUUAUUCUCUGGAAGAGACACAAGGACAUGACUUUCUAUAUUCUUCUCUCAAACCAAUCCUCGGAUACAAUGGUCCCGAUGGAUAUAGAAGGAACUGCCCCAAUUUACGCAAGAUGCCUAUUGCUAUUGGUAUAUUAACUCAUCUGCCAAUUCGUUAG